GGAAAAAAAAAAUAGCGCAAACAUGCUCGCCCCAACAGGAAUUUGGUGGUGUUUACGAUGACUUCCUGAUGAGCGAACGGGAACCUGAGCUAUUUUGGCAGAAAAGGGGCCGUCGUUCUGCCGUAUCUUGGAAGAGAGUGUGGGUAACAUCGGGAGGUCAUGGCUACUCCAGCGAAGACAGAGAAGCCCAAAGACGAUAAGGAAAAAGAUGAAAAGCCCAAAGCCCCACCAAAACCAAAGGCUCCCUCGAAACCCCAGUUAGAGAAGUGGGUUUCGUCCAUAAAUGCCUUACUGAGUGACCCUGAGGGCCUAAAGGCAUUCAGGGCAUUUCUAAAGGAAUCGGAGGUGGAAGACGGUGAGCUCACAAGGUACAUUGACUUCUACGAGGAGGUUGAAGGUUACAAAGCAGAAUUUAAAAGACUAGAAGAAUCAGCAAAAGACAUUUUUGAAACUUAUCUUGAGGAUGCUGCUCACCAGGGAAUUAUUUUGCAGGUUGGGGCCGACAAGGAGGUGGGAACGGGGGGAAAGAGCGUGGAAAUCGGGGACAAGCUCGAGGACGAAGGAUUGGAAGGCGUGCUGCUCUUUGACGAACCACAGAAGAAGGUCAAACAGAAGCUUGCCGAUGGGCAGUACAUCAACUUUUGCUCACACCUGAAGGAGAAAUACAAGUUAUAGCACAAGGCACUUCACUCUGCAGGAAAGGUGGCUACCAUUGUUUGCAAAGAUGUUUUUGAUUUGUAAUUGAGAAAAAAGUUUGUUGUCUUGGGUAUAUGAUUUAGGUAGCCCCUUACAGAAGAGUGAACAGUGGCCGUUGCAUAAAAGAUACUGUUCAGUUCUGUUUCAGAAAACAAAAAAUAUAAAUUGAAAAUAGAUAAAUAAAUAAAAAUGAAAAAUAUACUUUUAAGGUUGCAUUACCAGUAAUUAGAAUAUAUCUUUUUUCCUGAUGUACUUACAAGGCAAUAAGCCUGAAUGCAGUGGCUUUAGCAGGGAAGAAGAGGCAUUUGGGUGUGUUCUGGGUUAUGGUCAGUAGUGCGUUCCAGUUUAUAGACUAUGAUUGUAAAUGUAAGGGAAAAGGGAAAUAUGAUAAUGAUAGAUCACACUAAUAUUAUAGUGGUUUUAUAAUUUUAUGUGUAGGUUGCAGAAUUUAUGGUACCUUGCAUUAAUGUUUAUGAUUUUUAAAUGUUUUUAUGGGGAGAGUAUACCUCUGCAAUAGAGUCUCAUGGAGGGUAAAUCUCACUUAGUGUGGGGAUGGCAGUGAAGAUCAAUUCUUUUCAUUCUUUCCUUAAACCUGUUCAUACUGUAUACCCUUCUACAUUUCCACCAAGCAACAAAGGAGGUAUCUUCGUGUGGCUAUUGAAAUUGCCAUGGAGUGUAUAGCAGUCACCAACAGUAUGAAGUUAAGCAUUGGUUAAUGAAAUAUGUUCUCCGAGAACCUUAGAUAAGACCAUAAUUCAGGAUGAUUAUUUUUUCUUUAUCUAAUUUGGAAACCUAUUUGGCUGCUUUCAAAAGUGAAGUUAGAGGAUUUCCGUUGAGACAUGUUACUAUCUACUAUUAGUCCUUGUAUUUUUUCAUAGAAAAAUUAUUCCUAUCUAAAAUAAACACCUCAUUUCUUGCACAAGUGUGAUAAAAAUGGCCUUGAAAGUAGGAAUGGUUAGGCCCCUAUAUAUGUAUGCAUUAUUCAGUCAGGUUGAAAGGAUGUCUUGUAGAAAACCCAAGUUUACCUUAGAAUAAUUUUCAGCAACAUCUUAUGGGAGGGAUUGUCAUGUCUUGUUAGCCUGUACUUCAUUGAUGUACUUUUAUUAACAUUGUGAUUGCCUUUCAUGUACUUAAUGAGAAAAUGCUCAAGCAUUUAGUAAGUGUUCUUUCUUUCUUUCUUUCUUUUUCUUUUCAGGAAAAUGUUAAUCCGUAGUCAUAAUCAACUUCCUUUGCUUUUCACAUGAAUUUUCUUGAUAUAAAGACUAAGACUGUCACUGUGUUACAUAUCUCACCAACAUGUUUUCCAGAUACAGAUACAUUGAAAGGGGAAUGGUAAUAUAUAUUAUCCCUAAAAGGACAGUAUAACCUGUCUAAAUUAGGUAUAAUAGUUAUAUAAGGCAAAGGACAACAAUUUUUCAUUUAUUAUUACAAUUUUUUUUGUGUGUUCCUCAUUUUUCUAUCCUAUGGGCAAACAUUUUAUAUAUUCAGGUCUGGCAUGCAGCAGAAAGGGCAAAAGUAGCUUUUCCUAUUAUAUUUUCCCUUAGAUAUAGAGCAACAUUUGUCAAGCCUGCAAAUUUAUGUUCAAAUGUAAAUUAGGUGCUAUAUGUAGUUGUGUGAAUGAUCUCAGAUCGAAUAAAUGUUUCAGGACUUAUGUAUCUCAAGUACUUCUAUUCUAGGUAACAGAUUAUUUCUUCUUUGUUUCUGUUUUUACGGAUUAUCUCACAGGAUUUAAAAUUCUUGUCCCUGGUUGUUGAGAUGCUGUGGCUAUAGCUUGUGGCCUGAUUUUCCUAGCAGACCACAAGAGUUUCCCCAGGCAUCACUAUUGGUGCCGUAGAUGCAAACAAGAGAGUUAGCAACUGAGGUACCAAUUAGUGAUGUGACAAGGCAUUUUGGCUUGUAUUUUACAAAUUAAAAAAUCCAACAUAGGUCAAACAUAGGCUGUGGGAAAAGGUAAUGUGCCUUUUCUUUCUUUCUUUCUGUCUUCUCCCUCCCCCCUUUCUGGGCAUGAAGAGGGAAAGCCAAAAGCCUAGAUUAGAAAUGAAUAACAUGCUCUGAGUGCCCAGUAUCCACUGUCCAUGAUUUUAAGUCCUGUAUUGUAGGCCCAUAAGAAAAAUUGAGAUUUGUGUUAUUAGAUGACAAACUUUAUUCAAUGUUUGACUUUAUUCAUAUGUUUAUGUAGAGAUCCUUUAUUGAAUGUUAUGAUUAGAGAUUAUUUGAUCUUUAGAAUGCAGAAGCUAAGGAGUAGUACUGACAGCAACUUUGUUUUCAUGAGGUAGGCUGGAGAAAUCUCAAAUAGGUUAGAAAAUCACUGUAAUUUAAAGAUUGAACACUCUCAUUACAUUUCUCGUCUUUUGUUAAGAAGAUUUGCAAUUUUAACUUUAUCCUUUGAGGAAUAUCAAAUACUCUUGGUUGGUGAUGUAAUGAACUUGUGUUUGUUUUAUAGUUCACUUUUGCUUCAUCCUUUUAAAUUUGCUUUGAUGUUAUAAAGCACUGUUUUGUAGAAUGCAUAUUGUCAUUGAUGCUGUUGUUUUUUAUUUGUGUGGAAUGAUUUUUAUAGUUGUUGCAGUAAUAUAAUUUUUGAAGGCCAGAUACAAAGAUCUAUUUUUACAAUGAUUUUGUAAACAUUUUCUUGGAUUUUUAAUUUACAACAUGUUCUGUCUUGAACAGGGAAGUAAGACAUUUGCAUAUACUUUUACAAUCAUAUUUGUAAAGCAAUUUUUAAUAAUGCUAACCAUAUUUUUAUAUAUUUAUUAUGGGAGUAAAGAAUUAUGCAGUAUUAAUAGUUCUAAAAUGGGGAAGGAGGAUUUGUAAAUAAUUUUUUUUCUCUCACUCUCUCUUUUUUUUGUGAAAGUUAAAUUGAUACAGAAAUGUUAUUGAUAAAUUGUAAAUGCUUUAUUCAUAUUUUUUUUUAAUCAUUCAAGACAUUUUGAACAUACUUAGAAAGAUAAACAUCUUUAGUGAAGUUGUAUGGAAAAUUUAGGAAGCUUCACGUUAACAGAGUUGAGAAUUUCAUAAAUUUACGGAGCAAAGGUCCAAGAAAUGUACAUUCGAAAGACUGUGGAGAAUCAGUGCUCCAGUAAAGUAACCUAAAGUGUUAGUUUGUACCUGCUCUAACUUGCUAUUGCACAAAGUACAGCUUGGUUUAUGGAGUUUGAAUAUAAUGGUGGUUGUGGUUAAGCUUCUGUGCUUUCUUUUGUAUUUGAUCAAUGUGUGAAGUGAUGUUUUCACUUUUCACACAUUUAAGACAGUGUGACUUGCAAGCAUGAGCAUUAUUUGAGCAAUUUGUAAACUGAUGCUUCGUAUAAGUGUGUAAAUCUUCCUACUGUGAUUUCUUCACUCUUGUAACACCUACCAUUUUGAACCAUGACAUUGGAUAUAGGCCAUAAAGAAAGUAGUUUGUUUAAAUUUUUAAAUUUUAAAGUUUCAGAAAAGGAUUGAGCAAGUGAGGUAAUGUCAAUGAUUUAUGUAGUAUUGUAUGCACAUAACACAGCAUUUGAUAUUACUGAUCACGUAUUAUAGUUCUUCUGUCAAUCCUCUAGAACUUAGGGAUUGGUUACUAACAUAAAAGUAGAUAUAUUUUAUAUAACUGUUAUGUUUGUUGCUGUAGUGUUAUGAUGAACUUGUUUAAUUGAUAAAACACUUAUGAUACAAAUUCAUAUAUAAGUGUGGGUAUUAUAUAUCCAUACUUCAGUUCACAAUUAAUAUCAAGGUGAAGUGUGGAAAAGAGAAUCUGAACUUGAAAGAAAACACUAAACAGAGUGAAAAGUGAUCUGAGUUUGAAUUUCAGCUUAAGUCAGUUGUACUGCAAAAUAAACUGUUUUUUCAUA